AUGAACCCCAGGGGCCUGUUCCAGGACUUCAACCCCAGUAAGUUCCUCAUCUAGUCCUGCCUGCUUCUCUUCUCAGUGCUGCUGCCCCUCCGCCUGGACGGCAUCAUCCAGUGGAGCUACUGGGCCGUCUUCACCCCCAUAUGGCUGUGGAAGCUUCUGGUCAUCGCGGGCGCCUCCCUGGGCGCGGGCGUUUGGGCCCGCAACCCUCGCUACCGCACCGAGGGGGAGGCCUGCGUGGAGUUCAAAGCCAUGCUGAUCGCUGUGGGCAUCCACCUGCUCCUACUCAUGUUCGAAGUCCUGGUCUGCGACAGGGUGGAGAGGGGCACCCACUUCUGGCUGCUGGUCUUCAUGCCUCUCUUCUUUGUGUCCCUCAUGUCCGUGGCUGCCUGCGUCUGGGGCCUUCGACAGGACAGAUCGCUGGAGCUGGAGAUCCUGUGCUCUGUCAACAUCCUGCAGUUCAUCUUCAUCGCCCUGAGGCUGGACAGGAUUAUUCACUGGCCGUGGCUGGUGGUGUUUGUGCCUCUGUGGAUUCUCAUGUCGUUCCUUUGCCUGGUCGUCCUCUAUUACAUCGUCUGGUCCCUUCUGUUCCUGCGGUCCCUGGAUGUGGUUGCCGAGCAGCGAAGAACACACGUGACCAUGGCCAUCAGCUGGAUAACCAUUGUCGUGCCCCUGCUCACUUUUGAGGUCCUGCUGGUUCACAGAUUGGAUGGCCACAAUACGUUCUCCUUCAUCUCCAUAUUUGUCCCCCUUUGGCUUUCCUUGCUAACUGUAAUGGCCGCAACAUUUAGACGAAAGGGUGGCAAUCAUUGGUGGUUUGGCAUUCGCAGAGACUUCUGUCAGUUUCUCCUUGAAAUUUUCCCAUUUUUAAGAGAAUAUGGAAACAUUUCAUAUGAUCUCCAUCACGAAGAUAGUGAAGAUGCUGAAGAAACAUCCGUUCCAGAAGCUCCGAAAAUCGCUCCAAUAUUUGGAAAGAAGGCCAGGGUAGUUAUAACCCAGAGCCCUGGGAAAUACGUUCCCCCACUUCCCAAGUUAAAUAUUGAUAUGCCAGAUUAAGCUCCCAGAGAGGACCCAAGCACACAUAGACUCCACCUUGCCUUUGCCUCUUGUUCAUUCAUCCCAAACCUGGAAAUGGAAGCAGGCUCCAAACAGUGUCGUCUCACGCCCUGUUUGAGGUCGCUGCCUCAUCAGUAUGCAUCAUAGAUGGAGUUAUUUCCAUAUGUGGGUGUAUGUGUUGUGUACCUGGGUAAGAGAACUUGGCUUUCCAGGUUUGCACUCUCAGAUGUAGCUGGGGCAGUAAGCUGAAUUGUUUUAGUAGGUCCUUAAAAGGAAUAACUACACAGCUGGUUUUUUUUUUUUUUUUAAGUGCUACUGUACCUAUCAAAAAUAUUGUUUAAAAAGUAUUUUUGUACACUGCUAAUCUAAAAUUGUAUUUCAGAUUGUGCCUGUUAUGACAUAAUAGCAAAUGUAAAGAAUUCUCUUUCCCACCACUUGUUUAUAAACCUCAUAGU